AUGAGAAUAGGCCAAGCUGUGAGCUGUCUAGGUAUGUCUGCCUUUGCCAUCUCGUGCCUUCGCGUUCGCUUUCUAGUUCGCGUCCGCGUUAGCCUUCGGCUCCGAAGGCCGACUUGCUGCCUCUAUAGAUCGAGAGUCUCUACCCUCCUUCAAAAUUUCUUUGGAAUUCAACAUCUCUGUCAGAAAUGCGUCCUCAAUUGCCGGAUGGAAUUGAAUCAUAUCGGUGAGGAAGGGAAGGCAAAUCAGGUGACGCAGUGCGUGGCAGCCUGUGGCAAACCUAUAUGGCGAGCUUUUUGCAGCCUUGCACAGCAUGGUGUUCCAGACAUUAUGUUUCAAACGAUCAGGGAAGUCUAUCGGCAGUAUGGAAAUCCCUGUGGCUUGAUGCUGAAUGGGGUGUUGGGAGAGGUUAUGAUAUCUGACCGAACGAAGUAA